AUGCUGAGCCGAAGCGCCCGCCAGACGAUCUCGAUUGGUCGCCAGCUUUCCAACGAGGCCACUCGACGGGUUACCCUCAUCCCUGGCGAUGGUAUCGGCCCCGAAAUCUCCAAGGCCGUCCAGGAAAUUUUCGAGGCAGCUAAAGUGCCGAUCUCUUGGGACCCCGUCGACGUGACCCCGGUUCGUGGUCGCGACGGCAUCUUCCGCAUCCCGCAGCGAUGCAUUGACCUGAUGCACGAGACCAAGGUCGGACUGAAGGGCCCUCUCGAGACUCCCAUCGGAAAAGGACAUCGUUCGCUCAAUCUUGCUGUGCGAAAGGAAUUCAACCUGUACGCAAACGUUCGUCCUUGCCGUUCCCUCCAGGGACACAAGACCCUCUACGAUAACGUCGAUGUGGUCACGAUUCGUGAGAACACUGAGGGCGAGUAUUCCGGCAUUGAGCACGAGGUUUGCAGCGGUGUUGUGCAGUCGAUCAAGUUGAUCACCGAAGACGCCUCGCGCCGAGUAGCUAAAUACGCAUUCGAGUACGCGAAGCAGAACGGGCGCAAGCUCGUUACCGCCGUCCACAAGGCCAACAUUAUGCGAAUGUCGGACGGGUUGUUCCUCAACAUGUGCCGCGAACAGGCCAACAACUACCCCGAGAUUAAGUUCAAGGAAGCCUACUUGGACACUGUUUGCCUGAACAUGGUCCAAGAUCCCAGUCAGUACGACGUCUUGGUGAUGCCCAACUUGUACGGAGACAUCUUGUCCGAUUUGUGCGCUGGUCUGAUCGGCGGUCUUGGUGUCACCCCAUCCGGAAACAUUGGUGAAGGAGCCGCCGUAUUCGAAUCCGUUCACGGAACCGCCCCGGAUAUCGCCAACCAGGACAAGGCCAACCCUACUGCCCUCCUCUUGUCUUCGGUCAUGAUGUUGCGCUACAUGGAGCUCAACCGAUUUGCCGACCGCAUCGAGAAGGCUUGCUUUGACGCUAUUGCUGACGGUUCUCACAAGACCGGCGAUCUCGGUGGUACUGGAACUUGCACUUCCUUCACUCGCGACAUCUGCGCCCGCGUCCGGGACCUCGAA